AUGUCCGGGCUGCUUCCAGUCUUCAUACUUGCCAUACAAUUUGUCAAAGUUGUUUGCCAGGAACCACAGAUAGUGGAGGAAAUCCUACCGGAAGUGAAGAGAAAAGGUCACAGUGGCUACCUCAAUUGUACUGUCACUCGACAAGGAGACAACAAGGUGUACUGGAUGCAAGGUGAUUAUCAUAUCUCUAGUGAUGUUCAGAUUUUGGCAUACAAUGGAAUAGAGAACGGCAAGUACAAGUACGAGGUGGUUCGGCAGUACCGCGAUAAUGACAAGACCACUUACAUGUUAGUCAUCAACCGAUUGCGGGAAGAUGAUGAUGGCCGGUACCUCUGUAAGAUUUAUCUGCAGGGAUACCCUGUGGACAAAUGGCCGAUGAAGUUUGGGUCGCUGACAGUCCAAGUUCCGCCCUCAAUCCUUGUCUCUGCAACUUCUAACACGGAACAGAGACGGCAAGGUGAGAGCAUUGUCCUUCGGUGCAAUGCAACGGGCUCGCCAACUCCCAACAUCACGUGGAUCCGGGCGGACGGCAAGCCACUUUACGAUGGUCGGCUGACGCAUAGGGGUCAUUAUUUUGAGAUCCCGUCAAUUCGGAAAGACGACCGGGGCACGUAUCGGUGCGUAGCAGACAACACGGUGGCUCCCCCGGCACACCAUGACGCCAAGCUAGUGGUCUACUACAAGCCUGAAGCGUCUUCCAUCCAAGACACCGUGGGCCAGGCCCAGAACCGUCGCUUUACAGCCCUAGUAGAGUGCCUCAUAGCAGGGAUGCCUGAGCCAAACCUGCGCUGGUACCGCGAGGCUGACACAGGUGAGGUGCUCAUCGUGGACAAUGAAAAGUAUCAGAUUAGUCAGCUCCUCAACCACGGCACUUCUCUGGACGUCGAUCAGAUCUGGUACACCCUCAAGAUUCUCAACGUGCAGGCAAACGAUUACACUAACUAUUUCUGUGAAGGCUCCAAUAACAUGGGCACGACCAGGGCCACUAUCAGGCUGUAUGAAACAAAUGAGUGCCAAGGCCCGGAUUGUCCCUCUAUUGGCACCAGCAGCACGGCGUCUUCUGUCAUUUCGCGAGCUCUGGGUUCCGUUCUAGGAGUGACGGUCCUGGUUUGUGCGUAUAUCAUGAGCGGUGUGGACAGAACGACGAAGUAGGAGCGGUUGUGCAUUCCACCAUGAGGAAUCAUAAUAUGCAAUAAGCGUUGGCUACCAAUGCGAUUAAUCGGUCCAAGCAAACAAUAUAUUUGACUUUCUAGCUGAUUGUUCGUGGCUGGAAACAGUUUUAUCAGAAUUAUUCUAACCCUGCUAAGAAAGAGUAUUCGUUGAAAGAAACAGCACGGAGAUUAGAAGAGGACGUUCCUUCUGGCCCAAACAGUUUCAUGUUUACAGAAUAUCGAUGUGCGUAAAUUAUGUUCAUCAUACAUUUGUAAGCUAUUAUAACAUUUAAUGCCCAAAAUCCAGUCGUCUGAUUUGUCUGAACCGUUUUGUACAUACUGUACAGUUAGAUUUUCACGUCUAAAACGACUGGUUAUAUAUUCUAAGUUAAAUUAAAAGAACUUGACACUUGUUUAAAUAAAUCUUACGAUGAAAGUUCGUGUCCGGUUGUUAUGAAACAUUUGGAUGGAUGUUCCAUAAUCACUUUUCUUCGGUAGUUUUGC